ACUCGACAAUUUAAUGGGAUCGGCGAAUACUUGCACCAUCUGCUGGAAACUAUUUCAGAUGGCAGAGGCUGCUAUUUGUCAAAAUUUUGGAGAAUGGCUCUCCAUCAAACUAGACCAACUCAAAAUCGAUCAGGAUGUGUUUGGAAGCUACAUAAGUAGCAUUGUAGAAACUGAUGAUUCGAACGAGGAGGAGAAGUCAGAAGCCUUAAGUGGAAUCCUUGGCGGAAUAUUGGAGGAUGCUGUCGAGGAGACUUGCCAUGAAAUCUUGCAGAAAUGGAAACAAAUUAGCCAUUCAGCCUCUGAUGAAAAGCAAGUCAAUGGAGAUGCUCACCUAACAGAGAGUUCUGAAGAUAAGAUGGCAGCCAUCAUGGAGCGCCACGCUGCCACCCAGGUUACCAAGGUAACCAAAUCACCAACAGACUCGAAACAGAAAGCUGCCCUCUUGGCCCGAUUUGCAGAAGUUUCUGAUGGAGAUGAAGAUGAGGAUUACGAACCUGACUAUGAUGGUGGUAAAGGAGGCGGUGCAGCAGGAGGAGGAGGUUUGGAUGACCUGUUCUUUACCAAUACAAACAAGGUCGACGUUGAUAGGCACGAGAAGGAGAAACGCGAGAAAGCCAAGCUGGAGAGCGCAAAGAAGAAGGAACAGGACAAACUGCAGAGAGAACAACAGAAGCAGAAGGCACAAGACAGGAAAGAGAAAGAAAAGAAGCGAACUCAGAAGCAAGAGAGACGGAGGUAGCAUCCCUCAAUUUGUCAUGGAUAUUUUGUUAAUUAAUGCAGUUUUAUAGUAUUUAUUUUUUUGACCAUAUAUAUUCUCUGAUGCAGUUGCCGAUUUGCCAAUUAUUUCAAAUCU